UCAAAGCACAAGGAUCAUUUUGAGGGACGACUGAUAAUGAGAUAUUACUUCAUUGUGUUGCUUUCCUCAACUAUAUUCUGCUCCACUGGUUUUGAUGUUGUUCAGGAAGAUACUGUAAAAAUAGUUGAAGCUGGCGGGGAUGUAAAUUUUACCUGCAUAUUUCCAGGGCAUGUACCAUCGACAAAAGCAUGGUUUAAACAGACAACUGUUGGAAAAUACCUACAGAUAGUGUCCUUAGACUUAAAAAAACAGCUUAAGUGGAAUUCCAGCUUUGAGAAAACAAAUCGCUUUAAUGUUACCAAAGUAGAUGAUUAUUUUAAUCUGACCAUUUUAAAGACAAAGCCUUCAGACUCUGCAACAUAUUACUGUGUAGUUUCAGCAUAUGAAACCAUUGGAAUGGGCUCAGCAACUAGAUUACUUGUCAAAGACGCAGCCACAGACAGAAACACAACUCUUCAUCAGUCUUUAAUAGAAACUGUUGAUCCAGGAGAUUCAGUGAAUUUGCAGUGCAGCAUCUUCACUGAGAGCUGUGCAGGAGAUCACAGCGUCUACUGGUUCAAGCAAAGCUCGGGACACCCUGAAGGAGUGCUUUACACCAAAGGAGAGAGAAAUGGCCGCUGUAAGAACAACACAGAGUCUCAAACACAGAGCUGUGUCUACAGUCUCCACAAGAACAACAUCAGUCGCUCUGAUUCUGGCAUUUACUACUGUGCUGUGGAUCAAUGUGGAGAAAUACUGUUUGGACGAGGAACCCAACUCAAUAUUAGAGAAUAUUUUGAUUUUAAUCCUGGUCUUCUUGCUUUGGGAAUCUCAAAUAUCAUGUUUUUGGCCCUUGUUGUUGUUCUGGGAAUCAAACUCUGUAGAAGUCAAAUUAAAACGUCCGCUUCUCAAACAACUCAAGAUGAAGAUGGCCUGAAUUACGCAUCCAUAACUUUUAGACAGAAACCUUUGAACACUAGAAGAGCAAGAGCAAAAUUCACUCAAGAUCAGUCUCUGUACGCACAGGUCAGAUCACACCAGUAA